UGAGGCUAGUGAGGCGGGGCGAGAGGAACAAGCGAGGGAGCUCUGUUGCAUCUCAUCGCCGCAGCCAGCCCCGGAACAACUUCCGCAGCCGGCUUCUUGCUGAAUCGGAAGCUCUGUCCAGGUUUCGCUGGGCUAAUUUUUUCCGCAGGCCGGAGGGACGGACGAGAGGGAACCAGAAGGACGACGGCCGCGCUGCUCAUAGUCGCCCGGACUCGGUCCAGAAAGCCUUCCCCCUCCUCUCGCCGGCCGGAGGCAGCGCAGACUCCUCCCCUUCCCUCUUUUUCCCACCCUCCCCCGUAACCGCAGCAGCAGCAGCAGCAGCGCCACCUUCCCUCCUUCCUUUCCCGGGUUCCUGCUGCCCCCGAGCCCGAGAGGCACCUGCACCUCCCCGCCACGGCUAGAGAAGGGCAAGGCCGGAGUCGGCCGCAGUUCCUCCUCCAAGCGCGCGUGCAGUGGAAAGGAUUAUGUGUGCAUAAUACAUGAGGGUUGAACUCUCAACGCGCACGCAUCUGCUGUUCCUUGCGAAGGAGUGUUAAUGCGAAGGGAAGAUUGGGGAGGUGAGGGAAAGGCUUCGCAGUUUGGCUGCUCCUCCAGCCCCAAAGCAGAAGAGAAUUGGCAGCAUGAUCCUUUUCCAAUGAGGAACCAGGCUCGGCAGACAAGAUUUAUUAACACGAUGCCAUGCACAAAUAAAGCAGUAUACAGCUUGUGAUGAGAAAAUAUGAAAAAAGUGGAACAUUUCCUUGGAGGCACUUUAAACAGUAAAUGGUGCUGAUAGAAGAUCUACGGAGAUUUUGCUCUAAGAGUUACCUGUGAAAAACACUUUGCGAAUGGGAUGAAUACGCAAAGAGUGACUGCCUGCAGCAGCUUCAUAACUCAUAGUAACUAAGUGGAGCACUUAACUAAGGAUGUUUUCAUUUCUACUUUACCCCAUUUGACUUUGCUUGUUUUGAUUGGGGGAAGAAGUUCAAAGUGGAGUACCAUAAACUUGAUAUGGAUAAAAAAAAAGACAAAGACAAACUGGAUGAUAGAAUGGCAAGGCCUAGUGGACGCUCAAGUCACAAUCUACGAGGUAGCAGCUCAUCAAACUCUGGUGUGUUAAUGGUUGGACCUAACUUCAGAGUUGGAAAGAAAAUUGGUUGUGGCAAUUUUGGAGAGCUACGAUUAGGAAAAAAUUUGUAUACUAAUGAAUAUGUGGCAAUUAAACUGUGUUAUAUUACUGUAGAUCUUGGCUUUCAAAAUGGAAAUUUUUGGUUUCUCCAGGAGCCAAUGAAGUCAAGAGCACCACAACUGCACUUGGAAUACAGAUUCUACAAGCAGCUAGGGUCUGGAGAUGGAAUACCUCAGGUUUAUUAUUUUGGCCCUUGUGGCAAAUAUAAUGCCAUGGUGCUGGAACUACUGGGACCUAGUUUGGAAGAUUUAUUUGACUUGUGUGAUAGGACAUUUUCCUUGAAAACUGUACUUAUGAUAGCCAUACAAUUGAUUUCCCGAAUGGAAUAUGUUCAUUCAAAGAACUUAAUAUACAGAGAUGUAAAACCUGAAAACUUCUUAAUAGGACGACCAGGAAACAAAACUCAACAAAUUAUUCAUAUUAUAGAUUUUGGUUUGGCAAAAGAGUACAUAGAUCCAGAAACAAAGAAGCACAUACCAUAUCGAGAACACAAAAGCCUUACAGGAACUGCUAGAUACAUGAGUAUAAAUACACAUUUAGGAAAAGAACAAAGUAGAAGAGAUGAUUUGGAAGCUUUAGGUCAUAUGUUCAUGUAUUUUUUAAGAGGCAGCCUUCCCUGGCAAGGCUUAAAGGCAGAUACAUUGAAAGAACGGUAUCAGAAAAUUGGAGAUACAAAGAGAGCAACUCCUAUAGAAGUACUAUGUGAAAACUUUCCAGAAGAAAUGGCUACAUAUCUUCGUUAUGUGAGAAGGCUAGAUUUCUUUGAAAAACCAGAUUAUGACUACUUAAGAAAGCUCUUUACGGACUUGUUUGAUCGGAAAGGUUAUAUGUUUGAUUAUGAAUAUGACUGGAUUGGUAAACAACUGCCUACUCCAGUGGGUUCCAUCCAUUCAGAUCCUGCGAUAACUUCCAAUAGAGAAGCACAUCCGCACAGAGAUAAGAUGCAGCAGUCCAAAAAUCAGUCAACAGACCACAGGGCAGCUUGGGACCCCCAUCAGGCCAAUCCCCAUCACUUGAGAGCUCACCUGGCAGCUGACAGACAUGGUGGCUCGGUUGUAAGCUCAACAAAUGGCGAACUCAACACUGAUGAUCCUACUGCUGGCCGUUCAAAUGCACCCAUCACAGCCCCUACCGAAGUAGAAGUUAUGGAUGAAACCAAUUGUUUUGCCCAUCGAUUUGUCAUUUUAAAGGGAAAACAACAAUUUCAGGUGCUGCUGUUUCUUCAAGCGAAGAAAAAGGAAAACUAUUCAACGUCACAAAUGACUUUGGAGGAAGGCAGACGUUGUCCCUCUGGUGGUACUACAUUUGCAAACUUACCAUUUAAUAUUAUUACAAAUAUCAUAGAAUCACUGCCUGGUGGUACUAAGACAGAAGCUAGAUGAAUCAUCUGAAGACAAAGCCUAAAUGCUGUGGUUUCUAAGGGAGGAAGCGUAUCAGUGUUUGUAAAAUCUGGGCUUUACAAUCUGCUUUUGUUGUACCUCUAAUUGAGAUGCAGUGUAGUUAAAGUGGCAGUAGUGUUCGUACCGAAAUGCAAAUAUUCGUAUAAUACAAGUUGUGCUUCCAGUUAUGUACGACAUCAGUGCUGAAACAUCAACUGAAAGUUGCUUAAGGGUUAUAAAACCACACUACUAGGAAAUAACUGCAAACAGGUGGAGUGGGAAAUCACAAAAUUGUUAAUCAAAAGUUAUUGUUGAACGACAAUUUAAAAACAAAGGUCUGGAUGUGCCAAGUAAUAAAAUGAGGUCUGUAUAUUAUUGAUUUGAGAAGAGAAAUGGAAGUGGGUUGAACAUAAUACUUCCUUUAAUGAAUGUUAGCUUGUGGUUUAUGAUUGCCGCUGGGGGUUUCUAGAAUAUUCUUACAUUUCAACAAAAUACUGCAUCACUAAAAUACAGUUGAUUGGAUUGAUUAGGUACUUUCCCGAUAACUCCCUAAAGUGCCUGUAUUAUGAAAUAACAGUUCACUACAAAAGGCAGUCAUUUCUCCUCCUCCUCCCCCCCUCAGUUUGCUUUGUUUAAACCCAUAAUGACAGAGGUGUGUGUUUGUCAUGUUAAGCUGCCAGUAUCGUAAGGAUCUGAGUAAAGGAGGUAAAGUGGCUAGACAGAUUUGUUGACCAAAACUCCAAUUAUGUGUCUUCUUUUAAAAAGGGUUUCCUAGAGCUAAUUUUUGUCUAUCAGUGCAUGCCUUUGGGCAUAAUUAUUUAUUUUUAAUAUCUUAUGGUAACAUUCAAAAUGUGUAUUAAUUGAUAAAUGCACACCAGUUGAAUUCAUUAUUGCAUUUACAGGGAUUGUUUUAUAAUUUAUUUUUCUUAACUGCCAAACUGCAGUGUUUUGUCUUGAAUUAGGCGCACAUAAUGAACACUUUGUGCAGAUCUGGUCAUUGUUAAUCACUGUUGCUGUUAAUAAUUGUAAUAAAUCCUUAAUCUAUGAACUUGAUCUGACCAAUAAAAGCGUAAACUAGA